AUGCAGACAAUCCAGCAACUGCUGGCUUCGAAACCAGACAACGGAGACCGGCAGCCGGUCCAAUAUAUCGGAACAGUUGAAGCGUACGACAAAUGGGCGGAGGUCUACGACUCAGACGGUAACUUUCUCCAGCGUCUCGACACGCUCGAGAUGCGGACCCUGCUGCCUCGAUUCCUCAACCGCGUGUACGCCCGCUUUUCAGCCCAGGCAGCACGACCAGACAACAAAAUAACCCUGUUAGACCUGGGCUGUGGCACCGGCCGCAACACAAUCCAGCUUUUCGACGCACUCUCGCAAGCCUCAUCCCAGCCUGGCAACCCGUCAACGUCCGCGGUCGAAAUCGUCGGCCUUGACGCUUCGCCGGGCAUGCUAGACGUGGCGCGCACCGCGCUGCAGCAAGCCACCGCCGCAAGCGAUAGCCCCAGCCCCAGACCUCAUGUCUCGCUGGGCAUCCUCGACCUUCUCAAUCCAGGUACAAGCCGCACGCAACUCCCAGCCUCGCUGCGGGACUACGGCGCCGCGGGGGUGCUGUCGACGCUUGUGCUGGAGCAUAUUCCAGCCCGGGCGUUCUUUGAGGCCGCGGCCGGGUUGAUGCGGGCCGGAGCGUAUCUGCUGGUUACCAACAUGCAUGCAGACAUGGGGACGCGGAGCCAGGCUGGGUUUACGGAUCCGCAGUCCGGGGUCAAGAUCCGACCGACGAGCUACUGUCACAGCAUUCAGGACGUGUUGGCGGCGGCGGAUGCUGCGGGGCUUGAGGUGGAGGAUAUAGUUGGGGGAGAGGGAGAGGGCGGGGUCUUAGUGAAGGCUGUGGAUGAGCCGCUGGCGAAGGCGUUGGGUGUGCGAGCAGAGAAGUGGAUCGGGGUCGAGGUGUGGUUUGGAGUGUGUUUUCGGAAAAGGGAGGAGAUGAAGUAA